UCGAUCCUACCCUGGCCUUGCUCGACUCGCGAACCCUGUAAAAAAAUCUUGCAGUCCGCUGUUUUAUGUGCUGUCUCACGGAAGAAUAUGCACGCUAUCUGCACUAAGUGUUGGCUGCAGGACCAUGCAGCCCUCACACCUAAAGAGUGCCUGCACAUACGCAUGCGUUCAUAAACGGAUCAAGAUUCCAUUGGGCUGAGAAGAAAAUCAACCAUAUCCACAAAUUAAAAUGGUCUUUUUUGAAUUUCAUAGCAUUACACCUUUACACUACUGCAAGCUACUCACGCCAAACACGCAUUCUCAGCGACCAUGACUGAACGAGCCAUCCCUACCAUUUCUCUCAAAGAUUACGAUGUACGCAAAGAGGAAAUCCAAGCUCAGCUCGUCGAAGCGGCCGAGUUUGCAGGCUUCUUUACCCUAGUGGACCACGGCAUCACCGUCGACGAGAUCGAGGCCCAGUUUGAUAUUGCGAAGCGGUUCUUUGCUCUUCCAUCAGAGGUCAAAGCCAAGACAGCACAUGAUGUGAAAACAAACAACGGCUGGGAGUACAAGGCUCAGCUGCGACCGAGCACCGGCAGUUACGACCAAAAAGAGUCACUAUGGCUGAUGCGAACUUCCGAAUGGCCAUCGGACCAGGACGUGCCGCACUUUCAUGCAACAACGCAGGCGUUCAUGGCCAAGUGUACCGCUAUCUCGGAUCAAGUGUUGACAUGUUUUUCAUCGGCUCUCGGGUUUGAUCCAGCCUAUCUACCAACGGCCAACGACCCGACCCAUCCUGACUGCAUUAGCCAGCUACGUCUGCUCCACUACCCGCAGUCAUAUGAUGCUGCUGGCAGCUGGAGGGCGGGGGUUCAUACGGAUCUUGGCUGCCUAACCCUGCUUUUCCAGCGCGAUGGCGAGGACGGGCUGGAGAUCUGCCCGGGCCGCGAAUCGCACACCAGCUUUGCCGUGGGAGACACGUUUACGCCCGUGCCAGCGCACACGGGGCCGAUCGUGGUGAACAUUGGUGAUAUGCUGAGUGAGUGAAGCCGCUCUGUAAGACUAGUUGUGCUAACAUUCCUGACCAGUGUCUUGGUCCGACGACCGCUUCAAGUCAAACUUUCAUCGGGUGCGGGCCAACGAUGUGGGUUUUUCAGCUGCGCGAUAUUCUAUGGCCUACUUUAAUCAAUGCUGCCGAGACAUUGUAGUACAGGGUCCUGGCAAAAAGUACCCACCCGUCACUGUUGCUGAAUAUUUCAGGCAGGCAAUACAACGGAAUUUUGGCGGAAAACCGGCCGAGGCGACGAAGUGAGUAUUGGUAUACGGGUAAUCAAUUUUGUGGUGCUUUCAGAAAUGGUCUGUGAUCGUUCCUAGGUCUACCCUAUCACUAGCUGCUUAUUUUCUAUUUUCUAAGCAGCGUGCUAUAAACUUGAGCACUACGUCCCGCUGUUCGGUGUCUGGUGUUCCAAUUGAUAAAACAUCGCUUUGGAUAGUAGUUAAUAUUGGGACGUCGUAAAUAGUUAGAGAUUGCGUCAUACCUGACGUGAUUGUGCUUGGGGAGUACAUGGAAGAAUGGCAGCGUACCGGCUGGCUUGCUUCUGGCACGGUAGGCGUUCAAGAAUCUCACAACUGCUUCACUGGUCUCAGGCCUUGUAGUAAGAGUAACAUUAGCAAAGUUCCUUCAAAAGCAUCCCCAAAGCGGUGUCUGUCACUUACACUUCGUAUUCAGAUGCUCCGAGAUAGAUCGGCAGUAUGGUCGAGUCCCUACAUAAAACAACCAAGAUUAGAAUAACGUUUGAUAUGAAUAAUGUUCACCUUACAGCAGAGGAGAGUCGUCGGGUAGUCCGUUGAAUAGGCCAACAACGGAUUUAGGUCCCCAAACCUCUUCAGCGUCAGAGCCGUAGUAAUGGCGGAUGACCUCCUGUCUCUUGGGCUUUCGGCGGUCGUACCAGCAGGGAGGAUCAAUAUAAAUGGCGCCCGCGACUGGUGGGUUCAAUGGAUCUCUAGAGACUCUUUCAGGGUCACCUGGUCACAAGUUAAUAG